CACGACUCUCGAGAGAUUUUUCGUAUGACAAAUAGAGACCGUUAUCUCGUCCCUGAAAAGAAUGGUUUCUUUAAAUUGAAUGGUAUACACGCGUAUCGUUGUAUUUGUAGAUAGCCGUGGUUGGAUCUGAAAUACCAUUUGCUUGAAAUAUUUUAUUUUUCCCGGUUUUAUUCAACACGCGCGAUAAAUGUAAGAAAUAUUUGUGAAAAGGAUGAGAUGAAAAACUAUUUGUUUUUUAAUAUCGUUGGAAACGAAGAGAUCGACUUACGAUAAUGUUUGCUCGAAUACGAAGUGAAAACGCUAUUUGCAGACGUAACGUUUCACAGAUUAUUAUACGCGUUUAAAUAUGUCCUUUCCAUUGAAUUAUAUUUUAUUUUUAUCUUAUCAUACCUAUCUAUUUCGAUAUCUUUUCACCGUGAUCGUAAGAUACAUAAAUUAUUAAACGUUUUAUUCGAAGAAAUGGCGUUAUUACGACAACAUGCUGUCGGCACCAGGCCUAGCCCGCGUGAAUUACAGGACCCGCUUUGGGUCAAAAUGAGUGCGAUUACUGGCAGCAUCAGCAAAAAAAGAAAGAAAUCAGAUGCCAAGCCUCAGUCGCAAAUUAACAAGUGCCUUAACGAAAAAAGACGACGGAACCAGGAGAACCUGUUUAUCGAUGAGCUUGCCGAGCUGAUUUCCGCCACGGACAUGAGCUCUGGCAAGACUGACAAAUGCCAGAUCCUUCAGAGAACCGUCGACCAGAUUCGGCACAUUAGGGAACAGGAAGGCUCGAAUAGUCAUGCCGUGCAACAGGGGGAAGUAUCUUCUUCGAAUCCUAACAUACUGUCCAACGAUCAAGUUGGUCCUAUUUUACUUGAGGCGCUAGAUGGCUUUUUGUUUGUUGUAAAUACGGAAGGACGAGUGGAAUAUGUAACAGAUAACAUAACGCAGUAUAUAAAUUAUACGAAGGAUGAUGUUCUUGGCAAGGAUAUUUAUAAUAUUAUUCAUCAUGGAGAUCAUAACACCUUUAUGCCGAGUUUGUUGCCUAUGCAAUUAGGCUGGACGAACGAGCAACAGCCCCAAAGAAACCGCACCUUCAAUUGUCGCUUCUUGGUGAAGCCUCCUGAUGAUAAAGAAGAGACUAUGGAAGAAAAGCAGCAACGAGUAUCGAAAUACGAAUCUAUGCAAAUCUGUUCAGCUCUUUUGCCAAAUAAUAGCGAUCGUCUGGAGAGCGGUGACGUAUCUUCCGAAUCUUCGGACAACGGUCCUUGCGUAAUGUGCGUGGCUCGUAGGAUACCCCCGAACGAAAAGCCCAUUGGUACGCCCAUCGAGCAAUUUACCGUCAAGUUGGACACCACGGGGAAGAUUAUCGCGGUUGAUGUUAUCUGGUUGUCGUCUCCUUACUCUGAGUACCUAAGCAAGGUAAGCAAGGAGCUGAUUGGCACUGCGAUAAAGGAUUUGUGCCACCCUCAUGAUCUCAAUAAGCUAACAGCACAUUUGAACGAUACGCUUCAAGUCGGUGAGAGUACCAGUGGUGUAUACCGAUUACGCGUUAGUCCUGAUAAGUUCCUUAAUAUUCAAACAAAGUCAAAACUUUUCAAAGCAAAUGUGAUGAAUACACUUGUUACCGACUUCAUUAUGGCUACCAAUACUAUUAUUGGGGACAAUGACUUAACGCCUAUCGAGGGUGGUCAGCUUUCCAACAACAAAGUGUGCUCCGGACACUCUAGUAACCGUUGUGCGAAUAAUAGUAAUAAUAAUAAUGGUAACAAUAACAAUAACGUGGGUGGCCCGCUGAUGUCCGCGGUGGCGCAUCUGAACGGUCAAGUGAGCGGUAUGAGUAGCCGGGGGUUGGCGGGCACGUCGUCGCACACCGGUACCGCCGGUGCGACAUCCUCGAACUCGAUAGUGUUUAGCGCGGCCGAGUCGUGCAACCCCCUGCCGUCGCUAACUACCAGUAAUCCGUUCAACCACUUUUCGGGGAACAUGGACUUGGAAUUCGAGCUGUUCCCCAGUUCCACCUGGGACUUGGNCAGCAGCGGGUGGGCAGAUAGGCCCGAGUCGAGAGCGAGCGGGCCACCGAAUUCACGACCAUCUUCCCAGCCAGCCCCGACAUCUCCGAGUCCCCAGGGAACCUUCUCUAAUUCGGCGGUGGCGCCUCACUGCAGUCCCCUACGCGCGUUCAGCCCGACCUCGGCCAACGCCGCUCACACCUUCAGUAAUUCCUUCUCCCUCAGUCCGCUUCAGGAAUCGACCUCCUCGUUGACGAACAGCGCCGCUAGUAGUAGUGUUAGUGCCAACGGAGCGGCGCCCGGAUUGACGCCCAAGAGGCAGGACGAAGGGAAGAGCACCGCCACCGGUUGCCCGACCACCGCCAACCAAUCCGUCAUCGAGGGAAACAACGGGAGGACCAAUCCCGCCUCCGUUGCUGGGACGCCGGCUGUCGCACAAGCACCGACCGCGGCUCAAACUACCGCGACCGUCGUCGAAACUCAGAACAGUGUCGUGUCCACCGAGUCCGGUAGACUGAGAAACUUGUUGACCAAGGGCGGUAGUGCUAGUGAGGAAACUCAGGACAAUACGAGUAACGAUACCGAGAGCCAAAAUAAGCAUAGGAUAUUAAAGAUUUUGUUGAAUCAACAAGAUGAGGACGAUUUUCAUCCGGAGCAUAAUAAUAAAGUGCGCACGAGUCCUAGCAACAUGCCCAAACCGAGCAUGGAGCACUCGAAAUCGUCGCUUGGGAAUAAUAUGCUGUUACAGCUAUUGAACGAAAAGAACGACGACGAGGAUGAGGAGGCUCGCGCUGGUUUAAAAAAGAGAAACGAACUGUUGCAACAACUUCUCAAAGAUCAAGACGAUGAGAGGAAAGUACAGGAACAACACUGUAAGCCGCAAAGGGAAGAGGAUUCUCUGUUACGAAAUCUUGGAUUUCGGAACACCACGCCAUCGCCGUCUCAAUCGGGUGACAACGUUGGACACAGUUCCAGUCAGGUUGGUCAGAAGAGACCCGGCGAAGAUGGCGACUUGAACAUAGCCGCGAAGCGACCUAUGGAUGGGUCUCACCAAGUUUCUUCUUCCGGCACGUCCACGAAUGCGACCAGCAAGCUCUGGGAGAGGAAUAAAAUGUUAGCUUCGUUGUUGGCUAAGCAGCCUCCUCAGCCAACCACUAUACCGCCAAUACCUGCAUCUGUGAUAUCGGCAACACCACAAGAUAAGCUGGUUCGCAUAGGAUUGAAAUCGCAACAGCCACAGCCACAAACGCAAUCUCAAUCGCAGCAACAGCAACAGCAGCAGCAGCAGCAACAACAACAACAGCAGCAGCAGCAGCAGCAACAACAACAGCAACAACAGCAGCAGCAGCAGCAACAGCAGCAGCAACCCUGGACAGGUAGCAGUAUGCAAUCGGUCGGUGGCAAUAAUACGAUUACGACAACCGCAACUUCUGCACGAACACCGCUCCAAACACAGUCGAGACAACUACCUCAUCGUCAAACAACCAAUACCUACCUCACUCAUAUGCUAAGUCAGCAACAAAGACCUCAAAUGGGUCAAAUGGAUUCGGAAUUUACGAGCAGCGGAGAGUAUCGUCAAACAAGCACGGAUCUUAAUACUUGGGAUAAUCAGUCGUCGGAUCCCGAUCUUUCCGAUAUUUUGGAUCAAGUUAUCGAAUUCGUUCCGGACGAAGCUAUUACAGAUUCGUCUGCGAUAGCAAAUCUCCUAGAUGUAACCGAAGCGCCGCAAAACAACGCGAUGAACGAGACGAUGGCGAUAAACGCGAUACAGAAGUCGUUGAUGUUAUGCGAGACUGCCGUAAAUCCAACGUCUUCCACCAUAACAAUUCCUAGCACGCCUCCAGCUUAUUCCACCGCAUUGGGUACCACACCUGUAACGACGAGUCAUAGUUACCAGCCACCUCCUAUGUAUCAGCAACAGCCGAGGAUGAGGUUUAACGCGCAACCGGGGAUCAGGCAGACGACUGCUCAAUUUACGCAACAGCAGCAAUUACAAUUGCAACAGCAACGGACGAAAUUGAUACAGCAGCAGCAGCAGCAGCAACAACAAUUGAAGCAGAGGUUGCUGCAGCAACAACAGCAACAGCAAUUACUCAUUCCUUCCAACGCUACAGCUCCGGAACAAAUUACUACCAUUCACAAUAUCGAUAAUCUUCUGAACAAUACUGUUGCGCCAAACGUAUCGUUACAGCGGUCGAGUGUACCAGAUUCACAAGUGUCUCCAGGUUAUGGGGGAUCCGUCCAGAUGCCUUCCGGUCACCGACUUGCACAUUCUUAUUCUCAUCCUUCAACGUUACCACAACAUCCUAUCGUAAACAGUAAUUUUAACAGUGGUCAACAAGUGUCUGCGGCGGCACGACUCUCGCCUCAUUCUUCCGCUGGUAUUUUGUCAUUUUCGCAUCCGCAACCGUUGUCACCACGAGUGACGCAAGGCAACUAUGGUAAUACCCCGAGAUUAUUCACCGUUAACCAGGUGAGAACGCAGCAACAAUCUACCGCCCAGCAACAAUUGCAACAACAACAGAGAUCGAUGCCGUCACCAGGGACUCCGGCAUCUGCUCGGCAAUCUCCGUUUCCGGCGGAAACUUUCCCUCCACCUACAUCUCCCACUGCUACCCAAUUUCCACCUGGUCCUAACCCCGGUGCUCCAAAUCCUUCUGCCCAAUACCGAUUGCAACGGACCACGUCUACACCUUCGGCCACGACUCAAUUGCCAGGUGGGGUAGGUUCGCCCCGGCACUACGGCGGAGUGAGUAAGGAACAACCCCUUCUUUCACCUAGUCAUCCACAUUCGGGUUGCAACCCGGCAACACCGACUCAUAAUCAACACAACGUAACGAAUACCCAACAACACUUCUCCAAUCAACAACAUUCUUCUAUGAUAUACCACACCGCCAAUACUAUCAACACAGCUGACAUGCAGAACAAUCAGUUCUGUUACGAUCGGACGACUGUUCCACUCUAUUCGUCAGGGCCUGGGGACACGCAGGACGCCAGGCCUUUGCCUCCCGGUAAUCCUGUCAAUCACCAAUUGGGUGGAAACGCUAGCAGUACUUCGGAAUUUGUAAGGCAAGAAUUGAGAAGAGCGAUCGUUGGGGCGCGAACGCAACAACAGCAGCAACAAAGGAUACCUAACAACAUUCAGAACAACCUAUCCGGACAAGUAUCGCAAGAUGAUCUCGAAGCACUCGGUUUAACGUUUGAAAUGUCUUCUGCAGGUGAGGCUGUGGUUAGCGAUGGCCCUGCCAAGAGCUGGGCCAUUGGGAGUACCGGAAGUGCCCCCUCGUCCUCCAGGACUUCUAUGGAGGAAGUGGCUCGAGGUGAUCCAAAGGUGAAUCAAUCGUCCCUGUUACAAAAACUGUUGUCCGAGUGACUGCCGGCCAACAUUUUGCACGGUAAAGGGAUCUAUAUAAUAUACGUUUAAAUACGAGACCAGAGACAGGAAGAAUGAAAACAGGAAUCGAGGAUCGUAGCAAAGAAGAAAAUAUAAAUAGGGGAAAAAUAUCGAUCGUACAUACAUGCAUAUACACCUUAUACGUAAUGGAUACUAAUUGUAUUAUAUGUAAGCGUUGCAACACACGAAGUCAGUAUUCAGAUACGUAUCACCAAAUACAAUGUUGAAAGAC